CAACGGAACGGAGAUGGAUGGCGAGAGAGAUACUCCCCCACCUCCGCUUCGGCUUCUCCUCCCAAAUCCAUCACCAUCACCAGAGAAAGAGAGAGGCGAGGAAGAAGGAAGGCUAGGGCAAGAUGGCUCUCGGGGCUCUCCUCCGCCGCGCCCGCGCCCUUCCCCUCCUGCCCCAAGGCACCGCCGCGCGCUCCUUCUCCGCCCCCAACGUCGGCCACUUCUCCGCCUCCAACACCAAACACGCCAUUCAGCGAUGUCGGGAAGCACUGCUUGAAGAAUUGAUCUGGAAUGAGGUGUAUGCCAAGCACAAUGAAGCUAGAGUAAGGCGCCUUAUCAAUUCGCUUGUGAGGUCGCUCGGUGAUGUUCCAAAACAAAAGGGUUUCACUAAGACAUUUUCUCAAGAAUUUGGGAUGGUUGUGAAGGAACUAGAAAAGGAUAUGAAUAUGAGUUUUAAAUCAUUCAAAGUGCCACUACGAAGGCUCAUCCUCAGGACUUUGGACAAGUAUCAGCAGCAGGGAAGUGAUGCUUUACUGAAGAAUUCUCUGGAAUCCAAAGUGCACAGCAGCCACUGGGGAGAUGCACAUGCCAAUCCUAAUUUCUGGACUAGAGCAUUCGGACUAAGCCUCCUCCUCAGCUUCUUCAGCUUCGAAGUUGGACAACAAUAUGAGAUUCUCAAUGGAGAGGGAGAGCUUCCAAAGUGAUGAUGUCAAUUUAAUGCAUGCAUGUAGGGAUCAGACCAGUUGGUGUUUUGUAAUACUAAUCUAUACCUAGAGGCAUUGUCACCUUGGUGUCAAUGAUUUGCCCCCCUUUCAUAUGAACAAUUAGUUAAUGAUUUAACGUGUCUGACAACUUCCGACAACUAUGAAUAUCCCAUCUUUUGUUCUGUGGCUGAGCCGUGCUAUAUUAGGAUAACUGUUCGCAUUAUGAUAAUCCGCUCUAUAUUUGUUUG